AUGAGUUCAACGUCAAAUCUACAGUAUGAUGAAAUACCCAAGAAAUACUUAGACCCAUUAGCAUCAAAAGACAAAGGAGAAGGUUCAAGAGUCAAUGGUAAAGAUUGGAAAAUGAAAAAAGAUGCAUUCAGAGUUAAAACUUUAGGAGUUAGUAAAAGAAAUUCAUACAAGGAAAGAGAAUUGAAAAAAUUACAAGAACAACAAUAUAAAGAACGACUUAAGGAAUUAAAAGAUGAAAAAGAUCAAGCAAAAAAGCAAAAAAUUGAUGAUUUAAAAAGAAGAAGAGAAAUUAAAGCUGAAAAAGAAAGAUAUGAAAAGAUGGCUGCUAAGAUGCACGCUAAGAAAGUUGAAAGAUUGAGGAAGAGGGAGAAAAGAAAUAAGUUAUUGAAAGAAAGAUAA